UGCCCCAUAAUCCCGUGCCCACUCAAAUUGAGCAAAUCAUGUACAAGUGAGCCUAGGACACCUUGCUCUUAUUUUGAGGGAACUUCACGCUACUUGGUGUCGUGUAUAGGUACGUUUUCCUCUUCAAUGUUUUUUGCUUGUCACUUCAAUUUGGGCUAUUCGGGUGGGGGUGAACACCUUUAA